AUCUCUUGUAGUAAUGUACGCCAAUGAUAUAUUCGGUUAGACCACGGCCAGUUGUGCAGGGAUACCAGCCGCCUUCCUAUUGGUGCCACGACUUAUUUCAACCUGUUUCACUACUCAUUAUUAUUAUCACUCACCUCCAUCCUCUCCUUUUAUCCAUCCUAUCUAAGAAUAUAACGCUCUAUUCGCUCUCAUAAUGGACGUUGACACCCUUGCUGAACAACAAUCGGACCGUUUUUUCAGGAUAUGGUUGCAGAACUUGAUUGGGAAUUCCCCAGAGCAGUUGGCUGGUAAACUUGCUGCCAAACACCGGCAGGGCACUCCGGUCUCUGCAUCACAACCCUUCAACGGUGCCUUUAAUGUCUGCUAUCGGGUUACCUACGAAGACGGCUAUCGCGUUAUUGUUCGGUUUGCUGCUCUCGGUCGGGUUACCUUCCGCAAUGAAAAGGUUGAGGAUGAGGUAUCGAUAAUGAAUUACCUUGCUCAGCAUACAACAAUCCCUAUUCCCAGAGUAUUAGGCCACGGAAAAUGUGCAGUCGGCCCCUAUAUCGUCAUGACCCUUGUUGAAGGAAACCCGCUAUCUGAUUACCUGCGGGACCCGAAGCAAGAAAUGAUUAGUCUGAAUCCCCAGAUUCCUCUGUCCCUUCUGAAGAGGGCCUACUCUGGUAUAGCAGAGAUCAUGCUUGAAUUGUCAAAACCGGCUUUUCCAUAUAUUGGCGCGAUAGGACAGGACGAUUCAGGCACAUGGGUUGUACAAAAGAGACCCCUCACCUUCAACAUGAACCGACUUACCCAAUUCUCCAAUAUUCCGCCUGGAGUAUUUGCCAAACAACGCUUCACAAAUGCGGCUGACUACUUUGAAGAACUCGCGAAACAACAUUUCUAUCAUCUCGAGUUUCAACAGAAUGACGCAGUCACAGACGAAGCCGAUUGCCGGAAAAAAUACGUGGCUCGCCGUCUUUUUAUCAAAAUUUCACGAGAAGUAUCCAAAAAACAUUGCAAGGGUCCUUUCAGACUCUUUUGCGAUGAUUUUCGUCCUGAAAAUAUAUUUAUUCACUCCGCCCAAGCGAUUGUCACUGGAGUAAUUGAUUGGGAAUUUACAUAUGCUGCCCCAGUCGAGUUUUCAUAUACUGCACCAUGGUGGUUAUUGCUGGAGCGGCCAGAGGAAUGGGACCUUGACAGCCUUUUGGCGCGAUACCUCCCAAAGUUUCGGGUUUUUCUCGAGGCUCUUCGAGAGACUGAGAAUAAAAAAAUUCACAAUGGUUCAUUAACCGAAUCACAGCGUCUGUCAGAGGGAAUGGAGGCCUCGAUGGAAAAUGGAUUAUUUUGGAUAUGUCUCGCUAUGAGACAUAGCUCUAUGUUUGAUGAGAUCUACUGGUCCUUCAUCGAUCCUAUGUACCAUGGGUCUUUUACUUCAAUCGAGGAUCGCAUAUGUCUCUUGUGUGAAGACGAACGAACGAACCUCGACGAUUUUGUUCAAAAAAAGCUGCGGCAGGCAAGCGAGAGAACCCUAACUAACAAUUUCAGCAUUGAUGAGCUUGUUGAUCUCUAGGGGCUCUUCUAUCUUGGACAACGUACAGCCAUAAACAUUGUACGGAGCAACCUGUGAGGGACUUACACUCACUUCUGACUCCCCCGUCAGCGACUGUGCAGCUCAGCCGGCUAAUACUAACUGGAGAGACCCGGAAUCGUCUGUUAUGACCAGGGUUGUAAGGAUAACUGUUGGCUGCCAAUUUCAGCGGUCCCCUUCAUAGUGCAGUACAGUGCAGUACAGUACCUAGACGCCGACCGAAAAAAGUCAUCGUGGUUCAAAAGCAUGAUCUUUGAACCACGAGCACCCCCUUUUC